AUGGAAUUCGAACUGGAUUCACCCUCAUCGCCACUUGCAGCUCCACAAGAACCUCCGCAGAUCCGCCGUCUGGAGGAGUGUGUCGUAAACCGAAUUGCGGCUGGCGAGGUGAUUCAGCGGCCAGUCUCCGCUGUCAAAGAGCUAGUGGAGAACAGUUUAGACGCUCACUCCACCUCCAUCAACGUGGUCGUCAAGGACGGCGGCCUCAAGCUCAUUCAAGUCUCCGAUGAUGGCCACGGGAUUCGAUUCGAAGAUUUGCCGAUACUCUGCGAGCGGCACACUACGUCGAAGCUUUCUACUUACGAGGACUUGCAGACGAUAAAAUCGAUGGGUUUUAGAGGAGAGGCGCUGGCUAGCAUGACUCAUGUGGCCCAUGUUACGGUCACAACCAUCACAAAAGGCCAGUUGCAUGGCUACAGGGUAUCCUAUAAAGACGGUGUCAUGGAGCACCAACCAAAGGCUUGUGCCGCUGUCAAAGGAACUCAGAUAAUGGUAGAGAAUUUGUUCUACAACAUGGUUGCCAGGAAGAAGACGCUCCAGAGUACUGUUGAUGAUUACUCAAAAAUUGUAGACGUGAUAAGUCGAUUUGCCAUUCAUCACACAUCUGUGAGCUUUUCUUGCAGAAAGCAUGGAGCUGUUAGAGCAGAUGUCCACUCCGUAGCAACCUCAUCAAGACUUGAUGUGAUCAGAUCGGUUUAUGGGCCAUCAGUAUCCUGCAAUCUGAUGAAACUAGAAACCUCUGACAGUGACCCUGUUGGAUCUAUCUUUUCCAUGGAUGGAUUUAUCUCAUCUUCAAAUUACAUGGCAAAGAAAACAACAAUGGUGCUUUUUAUCAAUGAUAGAUUGGUGGAAUGUACUGCUUUGAAGAGAGCUCUUGAAAUUGUUUAUGCUGCCACCUUACCCAAAGCAUCAAAGCCUUUUAUUUACAUGUCUAUACAACUUCCACCUGAGCAUGUCGAUGUGAAUGUCCAUCCAACAAAAAGAGAGGUCAGCCUCCUAAAUCAAGAAAGGAUCAUUGAGAAGAUACAGUCUGUUGCUGAAUCAAAAUUGCGGAGUUCAAACACGUCGAGGGUGUUUCCAGAACAGACACUUGAUCCCUCCCAACUCAGUCCAUUUAGCUCAAGUAAAGACUCACAAACAGAUUCCCCACCCACUGCAUCAAAAUCACAGAAGACUCCAGUUAAUAAAAUAGUGAGGACUGAUGCAAUGGAUCCAGCAGGGAGGUUGGAUGCCUACUUAAAAGCUAAGCCUCUUGAGGGCCUUGAAAGGAAUCCUAGUUUGACAGCUGUAAGGUCUGCUGUUAGACUAAGAAGAAAUCCAAAGGAAACUGCAGAUCUUACUAGCUUACAGGAACUCAUUGAUGACGUGGAACGCAACUGUCAUUCUGAUUUGCUGGAUGUUGUUAGACAUUGCACCUUUAUUGGAAUGGCUGAUGAAAUUCUGGCAUUGCUUCAGCAUGGUACUCACCUGUAUCUUGCAAAUGUGGUGAACUUAAGCAAAGAGAUAAUGUAUCAGCAAGUUCUCAGGCGGUUUGCACAUUUUAAUGCGAUACAGCUAAGUGAACCAGCCCCAGUAUCAGAUCUAAUCAUGUUGGCGCUGCAAGAAGAAGAUCUUAACUCAGAAUCCACUGACGGCGACGAGCUGAAACAGAAUAUUGCAAAACUGAAUUCGGAAUUGCUCAAGGAAAAAAUGGAGAUGCUCGAGGAGUACUUUGGCAUUUCCAUAAACUCAGAGGGUUAUUUGUCCAUGCUUCCUGUCAUCCUUGACCAACAUACUCCUGAUAUGGAUCGAAUUCCUGAUUUCUUGCUUACCUUGGGGAAUGAUAUUGAAUGGCUGGAUGAAAAGAACUGCUUUCAAGGGAUUGCUGCUGCCAUUGCAAACUUUUAUGCCAUGCAUCCCCCUCUGCUGCCGAACCCAUCGGGUGAUGGUAUGCACUUCUACAAGAGAAAAGCCACAGACAAUCGUGAUGACGAAGGAAAUACCAUUGAGAAAGCGGAUAUACAAGUGGAGGAGAAGGACGAAAUCGACAAUGACCUGAUCUCAGAGGCAGAGACUGCGUGGGCACAGCGUGAAUGGUCGAUCCAGCACGUCUUGUUUCCAUCAAUGAGAUUGUUUCUGAAGCCGCCAGCUUCCAUGGCCACCAAUGGAACGUUUGUAAAGGUUGCUUCCCUGGAGAAGCUCUACAAGGUUUUCGAAAGAUGCUGA